AUGGGGGUGGUGAAGAUGAAUAUGAGAUGGCCUCCAUGGCCACAACAUCUAUGGCCCAAGAAGUUUGAGGCAAUUGUGAUUGUACAAAGGCUUGAAGGAACAUCAAGCUUGGUGAAGAGGUUGAAGAAGAAGGCUCAUGAGGAGUUGGGAUCAUUGGUGGUUGAGAUCAAAUGGAAGGGCCAGAAGAAGGGUAGUGUAUCCUUGAGGUCCCUUGGGGCCUCCAUGAAGAGAAGCUUCACCAGUGUUGUUGCUCUAAUUGGUGGUGAAGGUGAAGGUGAAGGUGAAGGAGUGGUUCAAUGGAACCAGGAGUUUAGAAAUGUUUGCACCUUUAAUGGCUACAAGGACCAUGACAUGUUUCAUCCAUGGGAAGUUAUGUUCACUGUCUCCAAUGUUUAUAACAAAGGGCCCAAAACAAUGGCCUCUGUAAUUGGAGUUGCAUCAGUAGACUUAGCCAAAGACAUGCCUGCAGCUGUGGAUAAAAAGACCGAAAUUCUAAUUCCUUUGAAUGUUCCUGGCACCACUAGUACUAAUCUCUCACUUUGUGUAUCCCUCAGAUUACUGAAAUUGGAGACACUUAAAGAGUAUUUGGAUGCAGAGCAUCGAUCAAUGGAGCAUGUUCCUUCUUUGCCAUCUUCUCCAGAAUCUCCCUCAACGAGUAGAAACGAACCUUCUACACUUAAAGUAGGUCUAAGAAGAGUAAAAAUCUUUGCUGAGUAUGUAUCUACUGUGAAAGCUAAGAAGGGAAACUUAAAAGAUGAAGGAAAUGAUGUUACGAGUUCCAACAGAAGCGAAGAUUCCGAACAUAGAUAUAGAUCCGACACAGAUUCAUUAGAUAAUGAUUCUGCCAUUGAUUUGCAUGAGAAGAACAAAGAAGGUUCAUAUGUUAGAUGUUCUUCAUUGGGUUAUGGGACAUUAGACUCCGUAAAUUUUGUAGGAGGAUCACCUUGUCUAAGUUCAUUUUUCAGUAGUGAAGAUGAUUUUGGAGUAGCACAUGUUGAGAAUUACAAUACACUUGAUCAGAUAGAGUGUCAUGGUUCGAGGAAUAGAAUCAUUUCUUGGAGGAAAAAGAAACUGAAAUUUAAAUAUUUGAAGGUGAAAAAAGGGGAGCUACUUCUGAAAAGGGAUAAUGGAGAAGUGGGCGGAGAUGAUAUUGAUUAUGAUCGCCGCCAACUUAGCUCUUCUGAUGGGUAUCCUGUCAAGUGGCAUAAAAUAGAAGAAACUAUCGCCCCAAGGCAAUCAUUUGUUCCUGAAUUCGAGGGUAACAAUUUUAUGGUUGGAGGUUGGGAGUGCAAGGAAUUCAUCAGCCGAGACAAACGAACAAAGCUCCAUACACAAGUCUUCUUUGCUUCAUUUGAUCAAAGGAGCAAACACUCUGGUGGGGAAGGCGCAUGCGCGGUCCUGGUUGCUGUGAUUGCUGAUUGGCUAAAAGCAAACCGAGUCGAAAUCCCCAUUAAGUGUCAAUUUGAUGGCCUUAUUAAAGAUGGAUCAUUAGAAUGGAGAAUUCUCUGUGAGAAAAAGGAACACAUGAAAAAAUUUCCUGACAAACACUUGGACCUUGACACUGUUCUGCAGGCCAAAAUCAGUUCAAUUUUCGUGCUGCCAGAAAAAUCCUUUGUUGGAUUCUUCAUUCCAGAAGAGGGAACAACUAAGAGUGGAGGCUUUGAAUUCCUUCAAGGUGCUAUGUCCUUUGAUAGAAUAUGGGAAGAAAUAAGCAUUUCUGCAUCAAAAUUGAACAUAAAUGAUGACCCUUUGGUCUACAUUGUAGGUUGGAAUGAUCAUUUCUUUGUACUAAAGGUUGAGCAAGAUGCUUAUUACAUCAUUGAUACUUUAGGGGAGAGAUUAUAUGAGGGAUGCAAACAAGCAUACAUAUUGAAAUUUGAUGCUUCCUCAACAAUUGAGAAAUUAAUGGCCAAAGAAAAUCAAGAGUUGAAUGAGAUUAUAUGCAGAGGCAUGGAAUCAUGCAAAGAAUAUAUCAAAAGAUUUUUGGCUGCCAUAACUGUAAGGGGAGUGCAGCUUGAGGUCAAGAAAGGCUUGAAACCUUCAAAGCCUCUUCACCAUAGGUUACAGAUUGAAUUCUACUAUACUCAAUUGAAGCAACAGUAAAAUGCAGAUCAUGCAUCAACAAACCAACACUGGCUUAGUUGAGUAGUAGGCAAGUUUGUCAUUUUUCCACCGGGAGACUUCGAGUCUUGGAGAAGGAAAAAACAAUUAUACUCAGAGAGGCAGUUAUAGUUCU